AAUAAACACACACGGGAAAUUAUGUACUGCAUGCCUUUUGAAGUGUCCACUCUGUUCCUAAUAUCCACCGUGUAAAGCCCAUUCAAUGGACCACUAGACAAGCUCGACAUCUGAAUCAGAAUGGUUGAAAUGAAAACCCUCAGCUGCCUCUGUCUCUGCCUCCUGUUUGCCAUCUGUGCUUGCCGACGCUCGUCCUACAAUAGCUCACAAGGAUAUUCAAGCUCAGGAUACAACAGCUCACAAGAAUAUUCCGGUGGUAACAACACAGGAUUUCAACAAUUUUGUGUAAAGGCCUUUGAGACCAUUACACAAAUAGUGAUGCUCCUCCCCACCGCCACUACAGGAGACGUAAGCCAACUUGCAUUACUUGCCGAGUUAGUUAAUGGAAAAGAAACCGGGGCUGGGUUCCAAGCCAGACCAUAUCUCGGCGCUGGAGCGAAUGCACUCGGACCUCCUAUCGGGAUAAUAGUCAGCGCUACUAACAAUACGAACGAAGUGAAUAUCACCAUCACCAACCCAACUAAUCAACCCAUCAGCUUUGUUAUUACGAAACCGAGUGUAAUCCUUUGCAGCCUCCUGGCAAAGUUUGGAAUAUUCAAAGGCACGGAUUUUCGGUACGGACCCGCUUUGCAAGUCCUCAGCGUCACGAGAGACGUCCUUGCUGCUGCGAUUAAUAAUACCACCGGAUCGAAUGUAACAGGCACUUCUAUAUUAACGAAUGUGUUCCCGUUCCUUGGUUGAGCUAAUGAUUACUCGACUUUCUUACAAACAGGAUGAUUAUUGUUUAAAAUAAUUUGUAAUUUUGUUUCCAUUUUUUUAAAAUAGGGCUAUUUAAUCCUGACAUCAAGAGAAGAGUGUCGAAUAAUUAUGUAGUAAAAGUGUUAAUCAAUUCCAAA